UCAAAAUAAUACCCGCUUUUUAUUUCUCUAACUUGCAUUGGCUCCUCUACAUACAAUUUUGAGAAGAUAAAGAAAAGAAUGAUGAAUCAUUGUUGCAGUAACAGCAACUCUCAGGAUCACGUGAUGGGCACGUGUAAAUGCGGCAUGUUCCCCACGCCUUAUGGAGAUGACUAUUAUUACGGUGACCCAAACAGGUACUCCUUUACACCUUCUUCCUCGUCUUUGUCUUGGUCGUCCGUGGACUGUACCCUCUCCCUGGGGACACCGUCCACGAGAUUCUCCGAAGACGAAGACAGGCGAACACGUCAUCAUCAUCAUCAUGAACGUCGCUCCAAACAGAAUCCUCAGCAUUCUGAGGCUAAAGCCAGCAAGGGAUCCGACGGUGAUGCUUUCUUUUCUCGCCGCUGUGCCAACUGUGAUACCACUUCCACACCCCUAUGGAGGAACGGUCCUCGGGGACCCAAGACACUAUGCAAUGCAUGCGGGAUUAGAUACAAGAAAGAAGAGAGAAGAGCCAGCGCUACCGCAGCCGCCACCACAACCACCGUUACUAACAGCGGCGGCGAAAUGGAGCCGGUUGCGACUCACAUGUACGGCCACAACAAUAACAAUUCGUGGUACUAUACAAACUCUCAAGGCAAUAAUAACGGCGAGUUACGUUUCAUGGAUUAUGAUGCCAAUGAUGACAUGGACCCAUUCCCUUCUUGGAGACUCAACAAUGCAGACAGAACAAAUCUUGUUCACGACUUUACAAGAUGAAGAAAUCAUUGAACCACAUUAUGCAAGUUUAUAUUAAAUUAGUUUAUUAUUUAAAUAUUUAAUAUUCAUAGAAAGGAUCAAUGCUCAUGUUUUGGUGUG